AUGAGUUGGGUGUGCAACAAAUUUUCGUGGAAAAUUUGUGAAACUCUUAACAAAAAUACUGAUAAAUGCAGUGGUUGUGGUUCAAUGGUAAAGGACGAUGAUAAAAAGAUUAUUAAUAGAAGUGCAGGCAAGCAAUGGUAUUGUCCAAAAAUUUUAUUGGAAGAAUGUGGUAUCCAAAACGAUCGUUCGGAUAAGCAAUGUAGUUAUUGCGGAAGUCGGUGA